UUAUGAAGAUGACACUUUUUAUAAAGCAGCAGUGGCAGCAGUUGUUGUGAGUUGCUAUUACUUUCCUGGGCCAUCUCCAAGAGGCAAAAAUGCAGAAAUCUACAGCAUAUCACCUUACUUCUAAGGAUGUGGAAUAUGUGAAUUCUGAAUAUGGAAGGAAUGCAGUGAAACUCAUGUACAUUAGACGAGAGGGCAAGACGCACUGCAUUAAAGAAGUGGAGAUCUCUGUACAUAUAAGACUGGACAACGUCAAAGAAUACUUGAAUGGUGAUAAUUCUAAAGUGAUUCCCACAGACACCAUAAAGAAUACAAUUCACGCUUUGGCCAAAUGCCGAGGGAUCAGAACAAUAGAGGAAUUUGGGCUUGAUAUCUGUGAUCAGUUCAUUACAUCAUAUUGCCACGUGGUAUACUGCAAUGCCUUCAUCCAGGAAGCACCAUGGCAGCGCCUAGAAAAGGAUGGCAUCCCACAUGCCCACGCUUUUCUCUAUAGCUCCGAAGGAAAUCGUUUUUGUGAAGUGGAACGGACUAAGGACAAUUCUCCAAUUGUUUUUUCUGGCAUUAAGAACCUGAAACUUAUGAAAACAGCCCAGACUGGAUUUGAAGGCUUCUUCAAGGAUAAAUAUACUACAAUUCCAGAAAGAAGAGAGAGAGUGCUGUCAGUGGAAACAUUGAUCAAGUGGUGCUAUGGGGAAUGCACAGAUUGCCUCGACUAUGACUGCAUAUGGAGAACUGCCCAUGAGUGUGUCCUUGAUGCCUUUGCUGGGCCCCCUGAAACAGGCCAUUAUUCACCUUCUUAUCAGAAGACGGUCAACUGCAUCCAGACAUGCAUCCUGGACAGAAUCCCACAGAUUGAGGAGGUGGAAGUGAUCUUGUCCAACAUCCACUAUGGUAUGACAGAUCUGAAAAAACUGGGAUUGUGUAAUGACAAGGAGAUCUUUACGCCUGAGGAUACACCCUUCGGUGCAUGUGCAUCUACACUGCGCAGGAAGAAGGAGGGCCCAGGAGGAGGGUGCGAAGUUCCCAUAGAACGUAAAGCCCCCUACACUGUUGGAUGGAAGUGUGGCCGUACUUCUUCCUAGAAUGUUGUAUUUAGCCAAAUGGAUCUCAUAUCAACAUGCAUAAUUUACUCCAUAUUUUCCUCCAUAGCUUGAUGUGUAGAUGUGAGUUACAUUUUCAAGGUAGUCUAAAGGAAAUUGUAUGCUAACAUUAUGAGGAAUUUCCUUUGUGCUUCUUUUGAAAAUCCAAACUAGAAAUGUUUAAAGUAGGCCACUAGAACACAAUUAUUUUGCAGGCGUCAUGUAUGAAUUAGUCAAUCAAGGCUUGUUUUAGUGGCUUCUUUGAAGCAAUGACUCCUAAGAUAUUCUUUUUCUUUAUAUUAAAUACAAACUUACAUACCAGAUCCCUUGACUUCCAAUGGAACCAAUUACAUUAAGCUUUACUAACUGAGGAUCUGGACUUUUCCUGAUAUAACAAAUUCUGUAUUCUCCGUAUAAAUGUAGUCCAUAAGUGAGGUAAAUGAAGCAGUAACACUGUAUCUCACAUAUAUGGUACAGCUUGGCCAUAGUAGUAACAAUGUUGCCCUGGGCUCCUACUGGGAGGAAGGGUGGGAUAUAAAUCAAAUAUUAAAUAAGUAAAAGUCAGUAUUGACUGAUACAUUUAAGCAAUAUGAUGAGUACCCUACCACUGUUGUUAUUAUCUAUUAGACUUAUUAGAAGCUUGUUACCUGAAGGUCUCCAAGCAGCUUACAACAUUGUUAAAAUCCAAAUAAAUGUUUCAUUUUAUACUACAAAAUAAUAAAACAAUUACCCCCAUACAACCAGAGAGUUUUGGCAGCACUACAUUUUGUUCCUUUGAUACACAAAGCUUGGUGUGGGUAGACAAAAUGAGGUCUAUUUUUAGAUAAUUGUAAGACUUGCUGAAGCUAUCUUUGAACUACCUUUGUAGAAUUACGUAGAUCUUUAAUAAUCCUCAAUCUUUGGGUUUCUUCUUCUAAUAGUGCUUUGAUUUCUGAGCAAGUAGACUGUGUCAGCACUGGCAAUUAAAAAAAGAAGUUACAAAACUGAAAACAUAAUUCAGAAUUGCCUUGCUGGAGAGGAUCAAAUGUCCAUCCAAGCCAGCAUUCCGUUCCCAAAACCAGCCAGAUAUAUACCCUUGGGAAGCUCACAAACAUGCCAGAGGUCAACUGUCUUCCCUUGUUUUUGCCGUAACACUUGUCAUUUAGAGGUAUACUGCCACUGAAUGUGGAGGUUCUAUCGAUCACAGCUAACAGCUGCUAGUUUACCUAAUGAAGUCAGUUGAAGUGUUCAGUUGUUAUAUCACAGUUUUUAAUUUCCACAACUCCCUUUCAGAGGAUUAGGCUGCCUCUGAACAUUGUGUCCCUCAGGAUACACAUGGGAAAGGGAGCAAAGUAGAAGCAUUUUCCCCGAGGUUACUACCUGCACAGCCAUUUGUUUUCAGUCUGGCUUUUGGUGCUUUAAGAAGACAAAGAAGGUACAUUUCUCUAAAUUUUCCUACAAGCCAAACUUUUGAGAAACUUGAUGGUUGCUUUGCAACUUAAGAAAUUGCCAGUGUGCAGGAAAGAUCAACAUACUUGUGCAAAUAAUGGAAAGCAGCCUUGGCUCAUUUGCUGGGACUCCAAGUCUGUCCUGCCUUGGAAAGACUAUACCAAAAGAUGGGUUUGUCCAGAUCAUGUAGCAUCACUGACUUAUGUGGAUCUGAAGUUUACUAAGAAAUUUAGGCUUUGGCAUUUUUAAUUCUUUAUCCCAUCUCAUUUUCCAACCAGAAAGCUGCUUGUCACACUUGAGGGAAUUGUACAUUUCCGGUUUCUUUAGUAUUAUGAUUUCAUGGGUUGUAAGGUUUCUAUGUAUCUUUUUAUGGGUGAAUAA